UUGUUUAGUCGUCGGCUUUGCAACGGACGAAGCCUAAUCAAUUUUGUUGCAAUUUUCUUUGAUUUCAAACAACAAGAAAAUAAUAAAAUAAUAGACAGCACAGCAGGAGAAAAUAAAAAUAAACCUGCGAAUGCAAUAAUCGCCGGGACAAACAACAAAUAAACUAUAAUCAAUUAAUAUUAUCUUAAUUAAGUGUUUUGUUUCGCGUUUGCACAAAGUUGCAAAAAAGUGCUACAGCUUCAAAGUUGAAUAUUUCUGUUCCCAAGGAAAAAAGUCCACUUCAACAAUGCAGAAUGGCAGCACCCCCUCGGGGGGAUCUAAACAGGUCUCUAUUGAAAAAAUGUACCAGAAAAAAUCCCAACUGGAACACAUCCUCCUUCGUCCUGACACUUACAUUGGAUCCGUCGAACAAACCAAAGAACUUAUGUGGGUUUUUAAUACGGAAACAAAUAAAAUGGUCCAAAAGGAAUUGUCCUUUGUCCCGGGUCUCUACAAGAUCUUCGAUGAAAUCCUUGUCAACGCUGCCGACAACAAACAACGUGACAAGAGUAUGUCGUGCAUAAAAAUCGACAUCGAUCAAGAGAAAAAUACCAUAUCCAUCUGGAAUAACGGACAAGGUAUACCGGUUACAAUGCACAAGGACGAAAAAAUGUAUGUGCCAACAAUGAUCUUUGGACACUUGCUAACAUCUUCCAAUUAUAAUGAUGACGAGAAAAAGGUUACCGGUGGUCGUAAUGGUUACGGAGCCAAAUUGUGCAACAUUUUCAGUACUUCUUUUACACUCGAAACUGCGACGAAGCAAUUUAAGCGCAGCUUCAAGCAAACUUGGGGAUCCAACAUGACAAAAGCUUCGGAGCCGAAAAUCAAGGAUUUUGCUGGAACUGACUUCACGAAGGUCACCUUCUCACCAGAUCUGACCAAGUUCAAGAUGGAUAAGCUAGACGAUGAUAUUGUGGCUCUGAUGUCGCGACGUGCCUACGAUAUCGCAGCCGCCACCAAGGGAGUGUCUGUAUAUUUGAAUGGCAACAAGUUGCCAGUCAAGAACUUCAAGGAUUACAUAGACUUAUACAUCAGCAACAGCGAGGAUACCGGCGCACCAGUGAAGGUUGUUCAUGAGAGCUGCAGUGAUCGUUGGGAAGUUGCCGUCUGUGCCUCGGACAGAGGUUUUCAACAAGUCUCGUUUGUAAACUCGAUAGCUACAACUAAGGGUGGACGUCAUGUUGACCAUGUCGUCGACAAUGUCAUUAAACAGUUGAUCGAGAACAUAAAGAAGAAGAACAAGGGAGGAAUCAAUAUUAAGCCUUUCCAAGUCAGAUCUCACCUGUGGGUGUUUGUGAAUUGCUUGAUUGAGAACCCCACAUUCGAUUCCCAAACCAAGGAGAACAUGACAUUGCAACCGAAGAGUUUUGGCUCUAAAUGCACUUUGUCGGAGAAGUUCGUAAAUAAUGUUUCUAAGUCGGGUAUUGUUGAAGCGGUCCUGACAUGGGCCAAGUUCAAAGCCCAGACUGAUCUUGCCAAAACCAGUGGCAAGAAGAAUACCAAAAUCAAGGGAAUUCCAAAGUUGGAAGACGCCAACGAAGCCGGUACUAAAAAUUCCCAUCUGUGCACACUGAUUCUGACCGAGGGAGACUCAGCCAAGUCUUUAGCUGUGUCUGGUCUUGGUGUUAUUGGUCGGGACUUAUAUGGGGUGUUCCCGCUGCGAGGUAAGCUGCUGAAUGUACGCGAAGCUACCCAUAAGCAAAUUCUGGAAAACGCUGAAAUAAAUAACUUGAUCAAAAUUGUCGGCCUGCAGUACAAGAAGAAGUAUCUCGAACUCGAUGACUUGAAAUCGUUGCGCUAUGGCAAGAUCAUGAUCAUGACUGAUCAGGAUCAGGACGGUUCGCAUAUCAAAGGUCUGUUGAUCAAUUUCAUCCACACCAAUUGGCCAGAGUUGCUGCGUCUGCCCUUCCUCGAAGAAUUCAUAACCCCCAUCGUGAAGGCCACCAAAAAAGACGAGGAAUUGAGCUUCUAUUCUUUGCCAGAGUUUGAGGAGUGGAAGAACGAUACACCCAAUAAUCACACGUACAAUAUAAAAUACUACAAAGGUUUGGGAACUUCGACCUCCAAGGAGGCGAAAGAAUAUUUCCAGGACAUGGAAAAACACCGAAUCUUGUUCAAGUACGACGGAUCUAACGACGAUGACAACAUCGUUAUGGCCUUCUCCAAGAAGUGUAUCGAAAACCGUAAAGACUGGCUGCGCAAUCACAUGGACGAAUGUAAGCGAAGGAAACUUUUGGGUCUUCCGGAGAAAUACCUUUACACCAAAGGUACAAAAAGUGUAUCCUAUGCAGAGUUCAUCAACUUGGAGUUAGUUCUCUUCUCGAAUGCCGACAAUGUGCGCUCCAUUCCAUCGAUGGUCGAUGGCUUCAAACCCGGUCAGCGGAAGGUGAUGUUCACUUGCUUCAAACGUAACGACAAGCGAGAAGUUAAGGUCGCACAGUUGUCUGGUUCGGUUGCCGAAAUGUCAGCUUACCAUCACGGAGAGGUGUCUUUGCAAAUGACCAUUGUCAAUUUGGCCCAAAACUAUGUUGGCUCUAAUAAUUUGAACCUCCUAGAGCCCCGCGGUCAGUUUGGUACAAGAUUGACUGGUGGAAAGGAUUGUGCUAGUGCUCGUUACAUUUUCACUAUUAUGUCUCCCUUGGCUCGUCUGAUAUUCCAUCCCGCUGAUGACCCACUGCUCCAAUACGAAGUAGAUGAUAAUCAGAAAAUCGAACCGGUCUGGUAUAUGCCAAUCAUUCCAAUGGUUCUGGUCAAUGGAGCUGACGGUAUCGGAACAGGUUGGUCAACCAAAAUUCCCAAUUACAACCCCCGAGACUUGAUUUCGAACCUUAGACGUAUGCUUAACAAGGACGAACCCCACGUAAUGCAUCCGUUCUAUAAGAACUUCAAGGGAGUCAUUGACUAUGUUUCUGACAAUCGUUAUGUGAUUGCUGGCAACAUCCAGGUUGUUCAGAACGAUAAGGUAGAAAUCACAGAAUUGCCUGUGGGAACAUGGACUCAGACCUACAAGGAGAACGUUCUUGAACCUCUGCUUCACGGAACCGAAAAGAUCAAGGCCGUAAUUUCUGAUUACAAAGAAUACAACACUGAUACAACGGUGAAAUUCGUGAUUACGUUUGCACCGGGAGAAUUCGAUCGCCUUUACCACGAAGAUGGUGGCUUCCAUAGGGUGUUCAAGCUAACAACCAGUUUGUCCUGCAAUCAGAUGCACGCAUUUGAUCAUGUCAACUGCCUCCGAAGAUUCCCAACGGCUGUGGACAUUCUCAAGGAGUUCUUCCCUCUUCGUUUGGAUUACUAUGGAAAGCGCAAGGAAUAUCUUGUCGGCCAGCUUACUGCCCAGGCUGACCGUCUUUCCGAUCAAGCUCGUUUUAUUGUGGAAAAGUGCGACAGAACCAUUGUGGUUGAAAACAAGAAGCGUAAGGUGAUGAUUGAUGAACUCAUUAAACGUGGCUACCGACCCGAUCCGGUCAAGGAGUGGCAGGAACGUAUCAAACUGGAUCAAGAUGAGGAAGUUGAUGAAGAUGACGGCGAGGCAGAGGAAGCCGAAACGUCUGCGGUGAAGAAGGAGAAAAAGCCAGUCGAUCCAGAGAAGGCAUUCCAGAAGUUGACCGAUGUCAAGAAAUUUGAUUACCUAUUGGGUAUGUCAAUGUGGAUGUUGACGGAAGAGCGCAAGAACGAACUGCUUAAGCAACGUGAUCAGAAACUCGCUGAAUUGGCAGCCCUUAGGGCUAAAACCAUUGAAAUGUUGUGGCUUGACGAUCUCGAUGAUUUGGAAAAGAAAAUGGACGAGGUCGAAGAAAAAGAGCGUCUUGAGGAACUAGGUAUAAAUAAGAAGACUGCCAAGGCCAUGGCAAGUAAGGCAAAGGCAAAUGUAGCCUUGAAGAAGCGUGGAGCUGCCAAGGCCGGCAAAGAUGAUGUCUUCCCCGAUCCGAGGGGCGUUGAAGUUAAAUUCAAGUUGACAGCUGAAAUUUUGAAAAAAUACGAAAUGGCAUCCAAAAACGCAGGCCCCAAAAAGGUCAAAAAGGAGAAGGGCGUGACAGGUGAUAACUCGGUGACAGAGACCGGCGGCGAGGAAGUGGAUGAGUUUGAUGCUUUGAUUGAGGGUGGUGUUAAAGUUGAAGGGGCUAAAGUUAAGAAGGAACGCGUCAAAAAAGAACCUGGUGCAGCAAAGGAACCUAAAAAAGCCGGUGCUCCGAAGAAAAAGACCGAUGGCUUGAAGCAGUCAACUUUGAACUUUGACAAGCCGAAAAGAGGUCGUAAGAAGAAAAUAACUUCUGAUGAUGAAGAAGACCUAGGUGAAGUCACUGACUGCAGUGAUAUUGAAGUGAAAAAGAAAGUCUCAGUUGCACCCAGAGGCGAUAGGCCAGGUCGACGAGCAGCAGCACAGAAAGUAAACUACUCGGGAAUUCUUGAUUCUGAUCAAGAGGAAGAUGACGAUGAAGAACUUGUUCUUCAUGACAACAAAGCAGUCGCAGAAGUUAGUCAUAGAAUGGAGUUAUUGUCGGAAGAUGACAAGAGUAUGAAUUCCGCGUCUGAUGGUGAAUCGCCAAUUCAAGCUGUCAAAAGGUCGAGGAAGAAGAAUUCAAGUGACAGCGAAGAGGAAUCAAAAUCUAUAAGUCAUAAAAAGAAAAAGACGAUUGUGAUCGCCGAUUCCAACAGCGAUUCGGACUUUGAAUAAAAAUAAUAAUACAAAAACAAAAACUUGAAAUAAUAAUUAGUAUUUAUUUCGAUUAAUAUUAUUAACAAAUGUAUUUUUGGCAAUUAUUUAUUGCCAUUUUUAUCAAUCAUCUUCACUCCAUUCAAAAAUAUUGGAAUUUUACAUUAUUAUCGGCUAGAAAAAAAUAUAUAUUAAUCGAGAAUGUAAAAUGAUUAAAGUUAAGAAAACAAAAAACAAACUUUUUAUUCACAGAAAUGAUUAAAUUAUAAACAAUUAGAAAACAACACUUGCAUUCAUCGUAGAUUCAAAACAAACAAAAUCAUCUCCGAGUAAUAUGUGUUUUAACAAUGAGUAUUUAUUUAUGAUGUUGUUUUCUUUUCUUUAGUGUCUUUAGUUUUUUUUUUCUUAUUUUAAAUUAUGUAGAAAAAUUUGGGAGUUCUAAUUUUGUGUUUUAGUUUUUCUUUUAAGUUUCAUAAAUUUCAAUUUUUUUUUAAUUUAUGUUGCAAUUUUAUUUGCCUUGAUUUUGAAACUAAAAGAACAAUGUCUGUAUUUUUUUUACCGUAAUAAUGAAACUUAUUUCGAAUAUUUUUAAUAUGCAAAUAAAUAUAUAUUAUAUAAUGGAUGGCAAUUGUCUGAUCUCUACAAAUAUUGUAGUGAAGAUCAAACUAAAGAAAUUUAUAAUAUAAUAUCAAGAAUAAUAAUUAUUGCCAGGAGAAUUUAUAUACAUUUGUACUGUUUGCUCUGAUAUUCUUUGUACAUAUUUUAUAGAUAUUAAACACAAAAAUACACUUACAUUGUCGUAGUAAAAUAAAUAAAACAAAAAAUAAAAUAAAUAAAAC